GUUCCAUAUCCUGUUGCACUGUUUCCCCUCAAUGCCGCCUAUGGUACCAAUGAAAUCAACAACAGGGUAGCCAAUGUGGUCCCUAGUGGAGUUAAUUUAGCUCCCGGGCCCAACGGGGAAAAGGACGGCUCCUACGAAUUUUAUGGAACUUCCUAUAGCUACAUCGAGAUUCCUAACAGCGCCGAGGGACCGUUGGACGUUCUUCACUCCAUGACGAUGCUUUGUUGGGUGUACCACAAUAGCCAAGACGGGCCUCUCUUCAAUUACAAGACCGGCGGGCCCUGGGGAGUACAUCUUUGGGUGGUGGCCGGCAAACUUUUUGUUCGUUUCACAAAACGUGAUUACUCAUUCACUACCGCCCUUCAGCACACCGCUUUAGCGGGUGGAUGGAAGUUUGUUGGCGCAUCGUACGACCGUGGUACCGGUAAUGCAAAACUGUGGGUGAAUGGAGCCGUGGUUCAGACUCUGAACAUUGGAGCAGGACUGAACCUAGCCACUCAGAACAGCAUCAGAAUGGGAGCAAAGAUUGGUGAUGGGAGGUACUUUAAGGGAAGGAUCGCUCAGAUGCAGGUAUACGACAAGGCCUUAAAUCAGGAGGAAAUGUUUGCGAUACAGGAAUUCUCCCGUCGAGUUGUAGGUGAGUAUGUGACCAACUGGAAAAAACGUUCCACAGAAGUAUUUUGUGAUUUAGGUAAUUUGCAAAAUUUGAUAAAACAACUCUUUUGAGAAACACUAAAUUAGAGAUAAAGUGUUCUUACAAAAAAUUCAGCGGGAGAUCAGCGACGCUCAAGCGUGUGUUGAAAUUGAAGAGAAGUGGUACGCUGGUCACACUGGAGCUCUCACAGUGUGAAAGAGACCAUCCACACACACAUUCGAAAAAUUACCCUAAUUCGUGAACAAGGACAGUGAAACUAAGAUUCCACGUCAUUCAAAAUGGCCGUCAUGUUGGUCGCUAUCUCAGGUCUUUCUGAAAGUUCAGAUUGAGUGAAGUGGCGUAGAAACUAAACAAUUGUCAGCUUGAGAUCUAAAGUAUGUUACAGUUCCUUCGCUGCUUUUGGUACUCUUGAUUCGCUGAAGAAAGUGAACUCUGAAAAAGGUAACCAUUUUGGGCGGAGCCUCCCAGCAUAGGCCAUUAUAUGGAGUACCCCGGGGUCCACUGUCAAUUAGGAAAAUGGGUGGAAGAGAACAAGAUGAAGAUGGCAUUUAUCCUUGUUCACAAAUUUUCUGAAUAAGGGCACUGUUCCGGUUUCUAUUGUGUCAGUGUGCGACGGAAAGUAGAGUGAUGAAGGCUUUCCGUGACCAACGAAUUUCAUCAAACGCCUUCUAGACACUGACGACCCAUUAGACUUUUGAUGUCAACGUGCUUUUAGUAUGAUGGAGCAAUUUAUAAAAAACGGAUGUUUGCUAUCACUAACCUCGACUACAAGCUACAACCAGUUGCAAAAAUGUUGAGACACUCCCACGGAAAAACGAUCUUUCUUGCUUCAAAUCGCUCCUGGUCACAGGUCUGUAAAAUAUAAUACUGACCUCCCUCCUCCCUCCCAUUCAAAGUUGUUCCUCCAACUUUUGAGUAUGGUCUUGUAUUGCUAGCAACUUUGAUAAGGGGUGGAGGGGGGAUCACAAGCACAAGAUCAUGGACAGGCCAUUUAUGCCAAAAUACGGUACAGUGUCUCAAGUACUUUUGCAACUGGUUGUAGUUUCGAGGACGAAUAAUAAUAUGGGCUGUUGAGUGGGAUCCUUAGUCUGCAACUAAGCUUCAGUUCACUCCAAAGUGAGUGAAAGGAGAAGAUGCCAAAUCGCGGGUUAAAUAAAAAACAAUUCUAAGGCAAGAUAAAAGGGGUCCCAUACCUGAGAGAGUCUUUAGGAGACUGGUCUAAAGCACAGCUUUUCACAGAUGACAUGUACAAAAUUCAAAGGUUUUUUCCCCCUUCUUUUGACAACUUCUCUUCCUGUGUAGACACAAGUCAAGCCGGUACUAAUGUUUUGUUUCGAUUUUAUCAAGUUCCAAAUCCUGUUGCCCUGUUUCCUCUCAAUUCUGCUUUUGGUACCAAGGAAAUCAAAAACAGAGUAGCCCAAGGGGUCCCUACUGGCGUCACUUUAGCUCCCGGGCCCAACGGGGAAGCGGACGGCUCCUACAAAUUUUCUGGAACGUCCAAUAGCUAUAUCGAGUUUCCUAACAGCGCCGGGGGACCGUUAGACGUUCGUUACUCAUCCAUGACAAUGCUUUGUUGGGUGUACCACAAUGGCCAAGACGGACCUCUCUUCAAUUACAAGACCGGCGGACCCUGGGGAGUACAUCUUUGGGUGGUAGCCGGCAAACUUUUUGUUCGUUUCACAAUACGUGAUUAUUCAUUCACCAUCGCCCUAAUACACACUGCUCUGGCGGGUGGAUGGAAGUUUGUUGGUGCAUCGUACGAACGCGCUACCGGUAAUGCAAAACUGUGGGUGAAUGGAGCCGUGGUUCAGACUCUGAACAUUGGAAUAGGACUGGACCUAGCCACUCAGGACAGCAUCAGGAUGGGAGCAAAGAUCGGUGACGAGAGGCACUUUAAGGGAAGGAUCGCUCAGAUGCAGGUAUACGACAAAGCCUUGAGUCAGGAGCAAAUACAAGCGAUACAGAAGAAGACUCAUGUU